AUGACUUAUCUUACGUAUUUGACUUGUAAAUAUCUCGUUAAACAUAAUCUUAGAUUAAAAUACCAGUUAUUGUUUAACACUUGUGUAUUGAAGCCGUAACGCGCUAUUUAGAUUAACAAAUGGGCUCUGUGGAAAAACUUAAAGCUAGGCUAGGACCUAUUUUUCGGGUUAUACUAUCUCAUACAAUUAGAAAAACUUCAUAUUCAACUAAUACAGGGUUAUUACGUGAUAUCAAUGUAUUAGAUUUGUCAAGAAUAAUAGCAGGACCAUUUUGCACCAUGACAUUAGGGGAUUUGGGUGCUAAUAUUAUAAAAGUAGAAAGUUUUGAUGGUGAUGAAGCCAGGAAGUGGGGACCACCUUUCACAAAAGGAAAUGAUUCAUAUUAUUUUCUAUCUGUAAAUAGAGGCAAAAAAAGUAUAUGCAUUGAUUUGAAGUCUUUACAAGGGAAAGAUAUUAUUUAUGACUUAGCUAGAAAAUGUGAUGUCCUUGUUGAAAACUUUCUCCCAGGAAAGUUAGAUAAAUUAGGAGUCGGAUAUAAGAAACUGAGUGAAGUGAAUCCAAAACUUAUAUAUUGUGCAAUAACAGGCUUCGGACCAACAGGACCUUAUAGCAUGAAGCCCGGCAUUUUGUAUAAUUUUUUUUUCAGUUAUGAUGUCAUUGCAGCAGCAAUGGGAGGGUUUCUUAAUUGUACUGGUGAAAAAGAAGGCGGUCCGGUAAAAGCUGGAGUAGCAAUUACAGAUGUAACUACUGGUUUACAUGCAUUUGGAGCCAUUAUGACAGCACUAUAUUAUAGAAAGAUCACUGGAAAUGGACAGAAGAUCGACUGCAACUUACUCUCAACACAAAUAUCUAGUAUGAUCAACAUAGCUAAUAAUUAUUUAAACUGUGGUAUUGAAGGACAACGAUGGGGUACGGCUCAUGCCAAUUUAGUCCCAUACCAAGCAUUUAAAACAAAUGAUGGGGAAAUUGUUAUUGGGACAGGAUCUAAUGCUCAGUUUGCAGAUUUCUGUAAAAUUAUAAACAAAGAAGAUUUAAUAGAUGAUGAAAGGUUUAAAAAUAACUCAGGACGUGUUGAAAACCGUCAAGAGAUAAUAAAAAUAAUUAGUGAUAUCAUAAUAACAAAGUCAAAGCGAGAAUGGACAGAACUUUUUAAAACGGCUACAUUCCCAAACGGGCCUGUUAAUACUAUGAAAGAUGUGUUUAAUGAUGAACAUGUAAAAGAUAUAAAAUUGGUAAAGGAAUUAAAACACCCAGAUGCUGGGAUAAUUAAAGUAGUUGGACCACCCACUGUUUACUCAGAGGGGGGGAAUGAUGCUAGAUUACCUCCCCCCACAUUAGCUCAGCACACUCGAGAUAUAUUGUCUAACUUUCUAGGUUAUGAUGAUAUAAAAAUUCAAGAGCUGAUUCAUAAUGAGGUUAUAAGAUAACUUCAUGAAUAAAAAGUUUAAUUGUUUGAAGAAAAGUACAUCUUGUAUAAAUUUAUAGCCUUUUAUAGAGAUAUAUUAUUAUUUAUAUUUAACACAAAAUAUUAUUUAGUGUGCAUAUGCUUUGGCUAGUUAUAUUCUGUAAACUGUAAACAGUAUUAGUUGUGAUGUGUUUUUCAUACUUUAGGUAUGUUAUCUUUUGUUUUCAUCAUUAUUAUCAUAAUGUUUGUUCUAAGAAAAUAAUGCUGUUUUAUUUUUAUCUAAACACAAAGAUAAAAUGCUCAAUGAUCAAAGGCAAUAAAAACUUAAACUCCAUAAUAGUUAAUGGUAUAAGAAUUUCAAACAGACAGUUUAAAUCCUGACCUUUAUUUAAAUAACAAUGAGGACCUUUGUGUCGCAUAAUCAUAAUACCUUUUAAUAUUCUGUAACAGGCUAUAAAAUGAUUUUAUUAAGGAUACUUAACCAUACUGUAAAAAUACAUAUAUCUAUUUUAUUAGUUUCAUUGUAUUUUGACCUUAAACUAAAACAUAAGAUGUAUAUAGCUAGCAAAUGUGAUAAACUGAAACACAAUACAUACUUUUGAAUGAGGCAUCUUUCCAAACCGAAAAUUCUGUUUUGAAAAAUUUGCUUUAAAAUUAAAAAUAUUUAUUGAAUUAAUUAAAAGUGUAUUAAUUUUUGAGUAUCCUCUUUUGUCGAUAUCAACCAUGUGGCGUAUGAAGAGAUAUUAUAUUCUUCAAUUAAUUGCGGUUCAAAAGUAAGUCUUAUUAAUUGUUUUGCUUGGACGUUUCAAAUACAUUACGUUAUGUAAAUCAU